CCUACCACCCCACCCACUACGCUGUUUGUAUUGUAUAGUACAUGGCUCCCCCAAAGCUCAGCUCGAGAUUCGAGUAUUUAUACCCACCAUCUCCUCCUGGUUGGAAGCUACUAUCUCACCCCAUCAACAUCAACAUCUUCAACAUCAGCGAAUACAGCCUGCAGUAUCCAGACCAGACCUCAAUCCCCCAAUCCCAAUCCCAAUCCUAAUCCCUCGAUCACAGUCCAAUCCUCUUCCACAAUUCACAAUGGCUCCCCAUGUGUCUCCCCCGUCCCCUCCCCUCUCGUCCUCCGCCUCCUCGGUAGCCAGUGACGAUGGAGAAGUCUACGACAUCAACGUCCCCUACAAGAAGUCGGGCAACUUUACCAAGCAGCCGGCAACGCCAUACCCGGAGUACCUUCCGGCAUGGGAGGAAGUGUCCUUCCCACCGAUCCAGCCGUUCACAUACGACGACCCCGCGCUGCGGGCGGACCCCAAGAAGCGGGCGCUUCUGACACCCUCGGUGACGGCAACCGACAUCUCGCCCAAGAUGGGCACUGAGCUGCAAGGCGUACAGCUCUCCACGCUCACAUCGCAGCAGCGCGACGAGCUCGCGCUGCUCAUCAGCGAGCGCAAGGUGGUGGUCCUCCGCGACCAGGACUUUGCCGACAUCGGCCCCGAGGCGCAGCAGAACUUCAGCGACUACUUCGGCAAGCGCCACUACCAGCCCGUCACCGGCGCCAUCCCCGGCUACCCCGGGUUCCACAUCAUCUACCGCGACGGCAACCAGGCCGAGAUUGAGCGCUUCUUCGAGCAGAAGUCGACCGCGAACAUCUGGCACCACGACGUCUCCUACGAGCGCCAGCCUCCGGGUUACGUCCUCCUGUGCAUGCUGCAGUGCCCAGAGGUCGGAGGCGAUACCGUCGUUGCUAGCAUGACCGAGGCUUACAAACGCCUCUCCCCCGGCUUCCGCGAGAUGCUCGACGGCCUGAAGGCAACACACUCAUCGCAGCGGAUCUGCGACUUCGCGCGCAACAACGGCGGACUGUGCCGCAAGGACCCGGUCAAGUCGCUGCACCCGAUCGUGCGGGUGCAUCCGGUGACGGGCGAGAAGUCGCUGUUCGUCAACGACGAGUGGAUCACCGGCAUCCAGGGCUGGAAGCAGAGCGAGACCGAGUGGCUGCUCAAGUACCUCAUGGACCACAUCUCGCGCGGCCACGACUUCCAGGUCCGUCUCCAGUGGAAGCCAAGGACCGUCGUCAUGUUCGAUAAUAGGAGCACUUGCCAUACCGCCACUGUCGACUACGAUGGCGUCUACGAGAAGGAGCGACAUAUGUUCCGCCUCGCCAGCAUGUGCGAGAAGCCCAUCUGCGUCGGCGACAUUGAGGAGCCCGAGAGCCAGGAGUAACUAAGCCUCGGCUCGAAGAGGCCCCCUUCCUGCCUGUACAUGAUGUCGUCGCUCUCGGGAUAAAGGCGUUUGUUUUGCUUUCUUUUCUUUUCUUCUUUCUUUUUUCUGUGACUCUAGGUUUCCUUCUGUUUCUGUUUCUGUUUCUGUGGCUGUUUCCUCUUCUUUCUCUCUUUCGUUUUUGUAACCUUGGGAUGGAUUUGUGUUUGUGUUUGUGCUUGUGCUCGUGUUCGAUAUCUAUGGCCGGUCUUUUGUGGAUUGCGAUUUGGUGCGAUUUGGUGCGAUUUGCUUUUGCUUUUGCUUUUCUUUCUUUUGUUUGGUACGGGUCGGGUACGGGACGGUACGACUGGCGGUGGCCGGUGAGGGGCCGAGAGGUGC